AUGUACACUAUCCAGAGGAAUAGGAGCUCAACCACCAACCACAACGGACAGACGUCCUCGCAAGCGAAGUCGAACUCGCGCUCUCCCGGGGCCCACGGCAGUACCGCUACUGUCCGGUUGUCGACACCUCCGCAUGCAACUGUGCAAGCUUCAGCCUCAACGGCGCGUCGUCGCCAGGUUGGCGUCAAUGAGUACACCGCGGGGGCUCCCGGCGAAUGGCUCCGUAAAGCUGUUGUCGGUGUCUCCAACGGAAACUACGUGACCGGCCAGGUUAUAAGAUACAACGGAAACUUCGUCACCAUUCGAACGUUAUUUGGUGAAUUUAACUCUCGAACGGUGGAAUUAGAAGAGGUCGCACCGGUAUUGUGUUUUCGGACCGGUAAAAGCCGACUGCGGGCCAAGGAUAUGACUGGAGAUGAGCUGACAGAACGGUAUACUGGGAUUUUGGACAGAAUUCUCGGUACCAAUCAACGAGGAUCACGCUCAAUUCCGCGCCUACUCGCGGGAUUUCAACCAGUUCGUGAACAGCCCCAAGCCACCGAUACAUUCCGGUGGACUAACACCCUAACUGGGGUCGAGUCUACAGUGAGCGUACGCCAUGCCGUUGACUAUGCGUUCUUCGUCGACGGAAAUCGCCUCAUACCCGCCAGUACACGUGCCAACAUUGGCGACGUAUUUGAUGCUGGUCCUCGCCAUACAAACGAGACGACGGAACCGCCUAGUGGCGAAGAAACCAAGCGAGACAAUCUCGAGACACUGUUACAGUCGAUUGGAGGUGGCGCCAUGGUACCCGAAAACUCCCAGAAUCCAAAUGCGACGUAUCUAGCCGCACCAGCGCUAUCCGGUACGUGACACUUGUCCCACAUAACUGCCAUGCCAAAAUCCUAGCUGCUAUUAGCGGAUGACCCCGAUCUCAUUCGCUUUUAUCUGGGA